AUGUCCAAGCCCAUGUCCAAGGAGGAGCUGCUCGCCCAGUUCGACGAUCUCGACGGCGAAGACCUCCCCAACCCAGCGCCCCAGCAGUCCGGCCCUGCCACCGCCGACACCAAGGACGAUGACGACCCCGUCGCCGAGCUUGCUGCUCUAGCCGCGAAGCCGCCCAGCCGCGCUGCAACCCCCAAGCUCUCCUCCUCCUCCAAUGCCAGCAAUCGCUCGCCGCGCCGCACCGGCCAGGUCACGCCCUCGACCGACUCGACGCGCAACAGCGAAGACAAGGGCACCGCCGCCGACCACUCGCGGAAGUCGCAGGACGGCACGCGCUCCUACCACCAGGGCGUGACCCCACACGAGGAGCAAGGCUCUGCUCAAGCCCAGGAGCAGAAGCAGUCUGCUGGUGGCGGUGGCUGGUGGGGCAGCAUCCUCAGUACCGCAUCCGCAGCUGCAAAGCAGGCCGAGACCGCCCUCAAGGAGAUCCAGAAGAACGAGGAAGCUCAGAAAUGGGCCGAACAGGCCAAGGGAGGCGUUGGUAUUUUGCGGUCCUAUGGCGGCGAACUUCGCUCGCGUGCCGUCCCUACAUUCACACAACUUCUCCACACUUUGGCGCCUCCUAUCUCCCAGCACGAGCGCCUCCUGAUCCACAUUACCCAUGACAUGCACAACUAUCCGGCGCUCGACCCGAUCAUUUACGCCACGUUCUCGCGCGUCAUGUCCCAGGUUGAAGGCGGCGAUCUCAUGGUAAUUCAGAAGGGCUCUGAAGCCCGCCAGGGCCCCGACUCUGGUUUCGCUGGAGGUAGCACAGCCGGUUGGACUGACGGACCCUGGUGGCGUGACAUCGGCAUCAAGCGUGACCUUGGCGCGGUCAAGGGUCUGGUCGAGGGGACCAAGCUCACGCGGGUUAGCGCUGAGAGCUAUGCUUCCGAGUUCUUUGCCAGCAAGGGCGGCGUCGAGGAAGCUGCAAAGUCAGCCAGCGAGGUGCUGUCCGAAUCGAACCCCGUGAGGAGCUCCGACAUUUUCCUGGCGAUCCAAGCAAUCAGCCACAGCGCCCCCGCCGAUCUUUUCGGAGGCUCAACCAACGAGAAGAAGGAGGCGGAGACGGGUGGCGUCGAGGAGCCGGCCGAGUCGGACGACCUCAUCGCCUUUGCCAUCUACUUGCACGACCCCAUCCACAGCAUCACCUUCCAUACCGUAUCCCAAAGCUUCCCGCAGAAAUGGGCAGACUGGCUGGACGCGUCGGCUGCCCCAAGCCCGGAGGAUAGCACGGACCCUGUGGCGACGCUGCCAGUGGAGAUCAAGGAGAUCAUCGAGGGCGGCGGUGUGGACCCGCGGGAGUGGGUCGCCGAGUGGAUGGAAGAGGUGAUUCAGCUGGCUGUUGGCGUCAUUGCACAGCGAUACGUAGCCAGGAGAAUGGGUGUAGGCGAGGGCGGGAUUGGAAGAGGAAAGGCCCGCCAGAGAGCCGAAGAGAGCGGCGGCGGAGAAGCAGCGCGGGCUAUCUAA